AUGAAUCUUACAGAAUAUGCUCAUGUUUUAGUUAUUUCACUAUGCACUCUCAACUUCUGCUUCUACCGGAUAAAGUCCUACGACAACGGGGGCUGGGAAAGAGGUCACGCCACUUUCUACGGUGGAGCUGAUGCAUCCGGCACAAUGGGAGGUGCGUGUGGUUACGGUAACUUGUACAGCCAAGGCUACGGACUACAAACCGCGGCGCUGAGCACGGCUUUGUUCAGAAGUGGUCAGAGAUGUGGGGCCUGCUUUGAGCUACGUUGUGUAGACGAUCCUCAGUGGUGCCUCGGUGGUUCCAUUAUCGUCUCGGCUACAAACUUCUGUCCACCAAACUUUGCCUUAGCCAACAAUAAUGGUGGUUGGUGCAAUCCUCCCCUUCAGCACUUUGACUUGGCCCAGCCUGCCUUUCUCCAGAUAGCUCAGUACCGAGCUGGGAUUGUCCCCGUUGCAUUCAGAAGGGUUCCAUGUGAGAAGCCUGGAGGGAUAAGGUUUACGAUCAACGGGAACUCGUACUUCGAUCUUGUGCUGAUUACAAACGUGGGUGGUGCUGGAGAUGUUAUGGCCGUAGCUUUGAAAGGCUCAAAGACUAAUAAGUGGCAAUCCAUGUCGAGAAACUGGGGACAGAACUGGCAAAGCAACUCAUACCUCAGAGGUCAAAGCCUCUCUUUUCAAGUCACCACGAGCGAUGGUCGGAGUGUUGUGAGCUACGAUGUUGUGCCUAAGGAUUGGCAGUUUGGUCAAACUUUUGAAGGAGGACAAUUCUAG